AUGAUAUGUGCCAUUUCUCUAAUAUGUGGCCAACGACCUCGGAUUAUCUUCACUGAGAGCGAUACUACAAUAAUAAAAAGACGGUUACCUGCUGCGCCAGUGAAGACCCUCAUCGAAGGAGAGGAUGUGGUGACAGCUGUUGGAAUAACACGUAUAAGCCUCAUGAACUUUCUUAGCCCACACAUGGCUCCAGUGGAGCUACCAGUGGAGUGGAAUGAAUGCACACAAGAUACUUGCAUUUAUAACUUAACUGUGAUCCAUAAAAAACAUGGAACCAACCAACUAUUUGCAUGUGGGAAUCAUGGGAAAGAUGUUGCAUGCUGUAACUUGAAUAUUUCAGAACAUUUUGUGAAAUGCACUCCUAACAUAAAGAACAACAUAAAUGAACAUAUACAAGACUUUCAAAUUGAGGCAGGCGUAGCAUCUGCUUUUGUUGAUAGUCCUGAUGGUGGCCUCUACAUUGCAUACGCUGGAUCUCAAGACUUUGUUGGCAUUCACAGGUUUGGCCAAGAACAUAUGAGGCCAGCUCUCCGAGAUAUAGAGCAGCACUAUAUUGAAUUGCUAGUUAGCCAACAAGACCACGUACAUGAUGUUCCUCAAGAUAAACUCUAUGGCUUUUACAACGAGAAGAAAAAAGACAGUGACAUGUACAGUCACAUGUGGAAGCCCUUUGUAACACAGCUUUGCCUGGUGGAUUCGGGCGGCCCAAAGAACAACUUGCAGUUUACCUGGACAUCCCAGCUUAACGCGCCUCUUUUCUGUGGCGACAAGGACCAGAAACUGCACUUUUCUGAACUGCUGGGUGUGGCUACAGUUAAAGCGGACCACUGGCAUGACACACGCCUCUACGCUCUGUUCAAAAAUCAAUGGGGAAUGCGUGCGGUGUGCGUCUUUACAAUGAAAGACAUUGACUUCAUCUUUAAAACCUCUCCAUUUAAAAACUCUGACAAGCAACCAGACAGGCCCAGAAUGUGUGUAGCAGACAGCACCAGACUCCGCAUUGAAACUCUAAAGCAAAUAGAGGCCAAUUCUGAAAUGGAAAAGUGUGUGGAGCCGAUGAACAGUUCUGGUCCCCUCCUGAGCAGUCACCAUCACUACACACAUAUCACUGCUCACAGUCUGAAUGGAAACCACACCCUCCUGUUUAUUGCAUUGCAAAAUGGCACCGUUCAUAAAGUCAUGCACAAGCAGAAUGGAAAAGAUGAUAUUACCUUUGUGAUCGCUGAGUACAGACCAUUCAACCACAGAGCUCACGUCGUCAGCUUGGACCUUUCUUUAUCUGCAGAGAAGCUUUAUGUCACUUCCCAGACUGAAUUGGCUCAAGUGGACGUGGUGAACUGUGCGGCCUAUGGGGACUCGUGUGAGCAGUGUGUCCUGGCCCGAGAUCCCCACUGCGGCUGGAGCGACGACGGCUGUACAAAAGAUGGACCAGUGCAGGACACUGAACAUGGGGACUUUUCUAUUUGUCCCUCAUUCACAUCUGAACUCAAAAUCUCAGAAGAUGAGGAGUCAGAAGAUGCCAUAGUCCAGAUCUUGCUUCCUCUUCAAUCUCGAUAUUUCUUUGAAUGUCCGGUGUCAUCGCUUCAUGCCCACUACACCUGGUACCAUGACAACAGCCCUGUGUCGUGCAUGGGAGAAGAGCGUCAGUGCCUUUUGCUCCUCCCCCAGGUGGCGGCAGAGCAGGCGGGCACGUACGUCUGCGUGUCCGAGGAGCAGGGCUACAGCCGGGUGCUGGCUGAGUAUCACCUGCGAGUGGAAAAUACUGCUGCAGCCUGCACCACAGGGGUUCUGCUCUGGGUGACUCUCGCAUCAGCACUUUUAGUUCAGAGCUAG